CAAACAUUAACUUGAAUUCUUGGUACGACUUGAAUAUCCUUUUUUGCUCAGCCCUUCAGAUAGCGAGCGGCGCCAUAACCUCAAGCCAACCUCCUCCCCUUCCUCCCCCUCUUUUUAUAUCCUCCCACCUGCUCUCUCCGAGCAGAACUACACUCUCCUUGAUAUAGAGCAAGAUGUCAACAAUACAUGAAGCCCCCUUUCCUGGGCCCGAGAUCGAUAGGCUUUACCUCAACGGCAUUUACCAUUACGCUGUGCGAUUUGGGAUUGACAAGCCCUGCGUAUUCACGCUCCAGUGCAAUCGGAAGAUUUUCCAUGUGGCACUAAUGCCGGUGGGCGGUGACCCGGAUUCCGUCUCGCUCAGAUAUGGGUUCGAUCCCGGCCCCUUUGUAUCAAAGUUUAGCCAAAGACCAGGUCCACUCGCGGGCUACAAUCCACCGAACGCUAUUGAAGCGAAGUACCUUGACGCGUUGAAUAUGGGAAUCUCCGAGGACGGCACCCUUAACGACGUGGGAGACCGAGCGUUGACUCAGAUCCAUAAUCUUGUCCUCGCAACGGGCGAACAAAUCAUCCGCGAGCUGGCUGGACCUACGAGUGAGCUAGCAGGAGCAGAAACCCUUGAGGAGGCCCUAAACCCCGAAACAUUCUGGCUCCAGAUGCUAACUGUCGAUGGAGAAGCGAGACUGAUUCGGCGCGAAGAUUUUACUCAGCCCACGGUUGACUUUGAGCCUCAGGACAUGUCUGGUGUCAGCGCAGACUUACCAAUCUUUCGCCUAGCACAAGUCGAAAUCUUCGAGACCAUUCGGCCAAAGAGAGCCUUCAAGGUUAGAGUAGGGGGACAAGUAUGGUUUUGCAAGGUGGCGGAUUGGGGCUUUGAACUGCCUCCUAUCUCGCGAGACUGCCAGGUAUUGCAGAAGAUAAGAGAUACGGGCCUGAGUCUUUUACAUCGGGUUCCAAGACUCGAAGGGCUGGUUGGGCUAAAGGAGGGCGAGGGGGUGAUUGGAUUUCUCACGAACUAUAUCGAAACAAACCAUGACCUCAGAGAUCUCUACGAGCUCCGAGAUGAUAUAGACACGACCUCAUCCUCGAGGAGGGAGAAAUGGGCCUGUCAAAUCAAGCAGGCAAUCAGACAACUUCACAGCCAAGGGGUGAUAUGGGGCGAUGCGACUCCGAGAAACGUUCUGAUUGAUAGAGAGGAUAAUGCGUGGCUAGUUGACUUUGGUAGAGGGUUUAACUUCAAUAGAGAGCUAAUGGACACAAAGGAGGGCGAUCUAGAGGGGCUUCGUGUCGUCUACAUGUUUCUAAAGGUUUAGGC